AUGUCGACGGAGAACCUCACCGUCGUGCUCGCCGAGCGUCCCAAGGCCGAGAUCGUCCCUGGCCAGACCUUCAAGACGGAGCUGAAGCCUAUCCCCAAGGCCGACGACCUCAAGGAUGGCGAGAUCCUCAUCGAGAACUGGUACCUCUCCCUGGACCCCGCCAUGCGCGGUUGGUUGAACGACCGCCGCUCCUACAUCCCCCCCGUCCAGAUCGGCGAAGUCAUGCGCGGUGCUACCGUCGGCCGCGUCAUCGCAUCCAAGUCCCUCAAGGCCAAGGAAGGCGACGUCCUCCCCGCCUACGGCGGCUGGUCCGAGUACAGCGUCGUUCAUGACAGCCGCGUCGAGCCCGUCUCGUCAUACCCAGCCGUCUCUCAGCCGGUCGACUACCUCUCGGGCAUCGGCAUGACGGCGCUGACUGCUUACUUUGGCAUGCUCCGCGUCGGCGAGCCCAAGUCCGGUGAGACCGUCGUCGUCUCGGGCGCCGCCGGCGCCACCGGCAGCGUGGCCGGCCAGAUCGCCAAGCUCAAGGGCGCGCGCGUCGUCGGCCUCGCCGGCUCCGACGACAAGUGCCGCUGGCUCACCGAGGAGCUCGGCUUCGACGUCGCCCUCAACUACAAGGACCCCGAGUUCAAGCAGAAGUUCAAGGACGCCACCCCCAACUUCAUCGACGUCUACUUUGACAACGUCGGCGGCGAGAUCCUCGACAUGGCCCUCGCCCGCGCCAAGGAGUUCUCCCGCUUCGUCAUGUGCGGCGGCAUCAGCCAGUACAACUCGGCCACGCCCCAGGGCCCCAAGAACUACGCCAACAUCAUCACGAUGCGCAUCAAGAUGCAGGGCUUCAUCGUCUUCGACUACGUCAAGGAGUACGUCCAGGCCCGCAAGGAGCUCGCGGCGUGGCUCGAGGAGGGCAAGAUCAAGCGCAAGGAGACCAUCGUCAAGGGCGGCCUCAAGGUCGCCGAGCAGGCCCUCGUGGACCUGUACAAGGGCAUCAACACGGGCAAGCUGAUUGUCGAGAUCAAGAACCCCAAGGACGCGGCCAAGCUGUAA